AAUUUUGCUUAUUGAUGCAGAUUAGAUCUAGUUGAUUUCGCGCUUCGACUUUGAGAGGUGCAAGGUUCGAACUGCAUAACUGCGUAACAUUUAAAUAAUCUUCAUUCAAGGACACGUCUUACGGUCAAUAUUGGUCGUAAGAAUAAAAGUUUGAGUCAGCGUCGAAUCAGCGAUCGAGAGAUCUGGCGAGAUCAUUGUUUGCCUCCUGCACAUGCAUCCGUUGCCCGUAGGCACGCACACGCAUACACAUAAAUACGUACACGCAUACAUAUAAAUACGUGCACGUGUAUUUAUCUAUCCUCCUAUAUAUAUGUACUUGUUCAAGAAUAUCGGUAGAAGGAGGUUAUCUGGUAAAGCUGGAGACAGGCGGGUCGGCCAAUAUAGUUGUGCGAGCGACAGCGCGAUCCACGAUUGAAUGAUCGCGUGAUUUCGCUUUAUCGCGAACGAGUUACGAUCAAGUGGCACGUCAACCUGGGGAUUUCAUAGAUAUUAAAUGAAAUAGAUCAUUGAUCUAGCUGCUAUCAUGCUGCAGGGAAACAAGGAGAGCAGCAACUGUGUCGAGUCGAGGACUCCAACAAAAGAUCACGAGCUUUCAACUGAAAGUGACUCGAAGAAUCAGAGGACUCUCGGCAAGCAGACGUCCGAUGUCAAGAAACAGGAAGAUCUAGAAACUUGUAAAGGUGCCGACAAUAUGCCGGAGCUCAAGAACUAUAACGAGUUUGACGACGAGCAGAUCACCCUGGAUUUGAGUGAACCACCGCCGGAAGUCAUGGAGUACGCCAGAAGGGAAUUAGGAGAAACCGAGGAGGUCAAGUGUCAGAUACUACAGGAGUUCCGCGAUAUGAUCUACGAGAGAGGCGAGUGUUUGCCACACAGGAUGGACGACGCUUUUCUCAUCAGAUUUCUUCGCGCGAGGAACUUUAAUAUAAAGAGUGCGCAUAAGCUGAUAGUGAAUUACUACAACUUCAAAGAGGAACAUCCGGAGAUUCAUCAGCAACUGAACUCAACCGAGAUGAGGUACAUAGGUGAUGACGACGUAAUCACGGUGCCACCGUAUAGGACCCAAUGCGGUAGGCGCUUAAUGAUCUACCGUUUUGGGAAUUGGGAUCCGCGUAAAUAUCCUACCGAGAAGCUCUUCAAGGCCACAGUUGGAAUCCUCGAAAUCGGCAUGCUUGAACCCAGACAACAAAUUAUGGGUGGUAUCGCUAUUUUCGAUUUAAAGGAUAUCUCCAUGACACACGCAUGGUCCGUGACGCCUCAGGUGGCAAGCAUGAUGUUGUCUGUGAUGGUAACUGCGUUCCCCAUUAGAAUUCACGCGCUGCACAUCCUUAAUCAGUCAUGGAUCUUCGACGCGAUCUUCGCGGUCUUCAAACCAUUGCUCGACGCCAACAUGCGAAACAAGCUGUUUUUUCACGGUAACAAUUACGAGAGUCUGCACAAACACAUCUUGCCCCAGUACUUGCCAAAAGUAUACGGGGGCGUGAGGGAAGAGCUACCCUACUACAAAUGGAUUCAAUCCUUAAUCAAAGAUCCGAAAAUCGUCAAGGAGAUGGAGAAAAUGGGAUACGUUCUUACGGACGAAAUUCGCAAUUCUUUCUCAUGAGUAAAGUCGAUCGAAUUCUGAGGGAGGCGAGUUUUAGGAAAAUUUUAAAACUUGCAUGUAUUUUUUAUACAGGGUGAUCUGAAAUUUGCCAAUUCGGACAUGAUACUUUAUGCUAAAACAAAUAACUUUUUUCUUUUGCAAAAUUACGUCUGACAAGUAGUUUUUGCAGGAAUUCGCGAAUUUCGGAUCACCCUGUAUACGUGACAUACUACUCAGUAAUUAGUUUGCACGUUAUCAUCAGGUAACACUAUUUAGUUUUUUGUUAUUGUAUCUUUUGAUCUUUCAAUUAAGCAUAUAUGUUUUGAAUAUGUUUUACACAAUUUGUUUUAUCUUAAUUUUAGGUUAAUCUUAACCUUAGAACGCUAUUAAUAUUGAGUAAUACAGUACUGCUAUUAAUACGUAAAUUUUACGUACAAAGAAAUAGACCACUCUCUUA